ACAGGUUUGCGCACAUCCUGGCAAGGACCCUCACCAUCGACCCUCUAUCGCUCCACGAAAUCAGUUUCACACGGGUCAAGUGAGAGCGCUAAUUGAAUUCCAGUCGUGCCCGUAAAUUCACUUAUAAACUCUAUUUCAUGUGAAAAAAUUGCAUAAAAGACAGAGCAAAAAAAAAAAAACUCAAAAUAAAAUUGUAAAACCUUGGCCGCAGUUUCCGCUGGUCGCACAACAUAACUCACACGAAAAUCGGACAGAAAUAUACUCAGUGAUGGCUCACACGAAGACGCGGAGGACGUACGGAUUCCUGCUGGUGCUCCUGAUCCUGGGCAGCGCCUGCGGCAGUCUGGUGACCAGCGGCGGUGUCGCCAGUGCCGCCUCCAAUGAACCAGGAGGCGGCGGACUAUCCGAGCAGGUGGUACUGGAUCAACUUAGCGAGAGCGACCUGUACAACAACAACAAGCGCGCCUGGCAGUCGCUGCAGAGUUCGUGGGGCAAGCGGUCUUCCGCCGGAGAUUCGGGGGAUCCGGACAUCUACAUGACCGGACACUUUGUGCCGCUGGUAAUCACCGACGGCACCAACACCAUCGAUUGGGACACCUUCGAGCGAUUGGCCAGUGGACAGACGGCACAGCAACAGCAGCAACAGCAACGGCAGCAACAGCUCCAGCAGCAAUCGCAGUCUGGCGAGGAUCUGGACGAGCUCGGUGGCGAACCGGACGUGGAGAAGCGGGCCUGGAAGAGCAUGAACGUGGCCUGGGGCAAGAGGAGGCAGGCGCAGGGCUGGAACAAGUUCAGGGGCGCCUGGGGCAAGCGCGAGCCCACAUGGAACAACCUGAAGGGCAUGUGGGGCAAGCGUGACCAGUGGCAGAAGCUGCACGGCGGCUGGGGCAAGCGCUCCCAGUUGCCCAGCAACUAAUCCCCCCGAGAAUCGCCGUCACACAGACUAACCAUUAACCAGACUAACUAAUCCACCUGUAUCUAACCGUAUAUAGCAUGUGUGUUCCCUCCGCGGAGGGGUUCCGUUCUCAGUGUCCAUGUCGCAGGAGGUGGUUGUCCGGGAAUCCGAUCCCAAUACCGAUCCCGAUCCCGGACCACUGAAAGUCAAUUCCGAAAAUGUAUGAAAGGGCUCGCAAGUCUAUCGAAUCUAGCGGAUCGCCGUCUCGAUCAUCCAGUAUUAUACGCAUUAUAUCGUAUGUCUAGUCAACUAUGUAUGGAUAUCCACCCUAGCACCUAGUCUCCAAGUAUACAAGAGGAUCUUUCGGAACAAUACCGCUUUAAUUUAGAAGAGUUAACUAAGUUAAUGAAUUGUGCAUAUACAUUUAUACCUAAAUAUACAUCAAUACCUACCAAAUGGCUACUAUCAAUACUAAAUAAAAAUACGUUGAAAGUAA